GACCCUCUAUCAAGAAACAAAUCAAAUACAGAUAGACAGUGGCGGUGGCGUCGGUAGCGCUGUUUUGGAAAUGUUCGGGACUAAAAUUGAAAAUAAAAACAAAAGUGAAUGAACCUGGCCAAUCAAUGGUCUUUGCCACCCUUCUUCUUAGCAGGGCCCCAAUGUUGGCAAGAGUAUCUUUUCAACGUCUGCUUUGAUUCCGGUGGCACGAAUAUUUUCUCCUGCAUUUAAAGGCUCACAUGAUUUCAUGAUUUUUGAUGAACAAAUAUAAUUAACUAAAUAAUACCUAGUAAGUGAACUGCAACCCCAGAUGUGCUAGAAAAAAACGAAAGAAUAUAAACAAAAAUAAAAUUAACAACGGUAAAGCAAAAAAAAUCACAAAUCAUUGCAAAACUCAUGCAUAGAUAAAUUAAAGACUACAAAAACAAAAGCCGAACAAAAACAAAAGUUCCUGCUAUUGAAUUAUAAACAAACGAAAAUUCGCUUCGCAGUGAUAGCGGCCAGUCUGCCGAGGCAAAAACGUGUGACGUCUAAUUUGUCAGCAGUUGACUGAGAGAGUGCAGUGCGCGUUGCUCAUUGAUAGUGACAUCACAUCGCACUACCGGCAGCCAAUGACCCAGUAAAAGCCGAGUACGAAUGAGAAGCAACCAUCCCAUUCAAUCGACAACAUGUUAGAACUUGAUAAGAUACUCGAAAAAUGCGGCGAUCGUCAUCGUUUGCAGGCAAUCAUGUUGUUAUUGUUCUGCGUCAUCAAUCUGCUUUCAGCCGUGCAUUAUUACUCGCAGACGAUAAUCAGUUUUGUGCCCAAGUAUUGGUGUGCAAAUGACUUAGCUGCUCUUGAUGUAUCUGCCACUUCUACACCACUAUCAAUGGAAUCAUCCUGCCUGGCAAAUCGCAACGAUCCAACCAGCACUUGCAAUAAAUUCCAUUAUGACUUGUAUAUGGGAUACAAGAGUUUUACUAGUGAACUGAAUUGGAUAUGCAAUGAUGGCUGGAAGCUAUCUUUGGGUCAGAGUAUGUUCUUUGUGGGAUCGGUGGUAGGAAGUUUAGUUUUUGGAGUCUUAGCGGAUAUGGUGGGUCGCCUACCUAUUUUAAUAGCUGCAAAUUUGGUUGCCAUGUUGGGAAAUAUUUUGACUAUUUUUGGCACCGACUUGAUAAGUUUCUCAAUAUUUAGAUUUAUAUCGGGCUUGGCCACGGAUAGUAAUUUUGUGAUGAUGUACAUUUUGGUUAUGGAAUAUCUGCGCCCCUCCCUACGCACCAUUGGCCUAAGUAUCUGCAUUGGAUUUUUCUAUUGCAUUGGUUCCAUGGCCGCACCCUGGAUUGCUGUGUGGAUGCAAUCGUGGAGGGGUUUCCUGAUCGCAACCUCCAUACCCUUUAUUAUGGUGCCACUAUUCUAUUUCAUUGUGCCCGAAAGCGUUCAAUGGCUGAUAUCGAAACAGAAAUACGAACAUGCUGUUGACUGUUUGAAACGUGUGGCCAAAAUAAAUGGCAAAGUUGUGGAUGAGAACAUUUACCACGAAUUCAUUGAGGAGUGCAAGCGCAGCCACAGCCAGCAGCAGCAAGAGGCCAACACCAAAGUGGAACCGAAUCUGUUGGGCCUGUUUGCCACACCGCGUCUAAGGCGUAAUACUUUGAUAUUAUUUUUCAAAUCAAUGGUUAUCACCCUUUGCUAUGAUGCUGUCUCACGAAAUGUGCAAGGUCUUGGCAUUUCCCCAUUUGUCAUGUUUUCAUUGAGUGCCACAACUAUCUUGCCAGCCUGUUUGCUUCUAAUUGCUCUGCAAGAUCGUAUCGGUCGUAAAGCCAUGGCAUCAAUGUCUUUGCUACUGAGCGGUAUAUUCAUAUCGACAACGGGAGCGUUACUCUUUUGCAAAGCGGAAGGUUCAAUUGGUCAAAGUGUAACAUUGGUGGUAACUUUGUCUGUGAUCGGACGAUUUGGUGUUACAGUGGCCUAUAACUCAGGAGCUCAGUAUGCCACCGAAUUGAUACCCACUUGUGUCAGAGGACAAGGAGUGGCUGCUGUGCAUGUCAUGGGCUAUGCCUUUACCUUUUUCAGUUCGUAUAUUCUACAUACACGUCAAUUGUUUCCCCCCUUGCCAGAGAUUAUAUUGGGUUUGAUCUCAUUACUGGGUGCAGGUUUAUGUCUGUUGUUGCCAGAAACUCUAAACAGAACCCUACCCACUUCACUUAAUGAUGGAGAAAACUUCGGCAGACAUGAACGCUGGUACACCUUCAGUUUUUUGGAGAAGCGUACCACAUCAACCGAUACCUUGUCCAAAUCCGUAUCAUCAAUGGGUACAAAUAAUAUACAGGAUACAAAUUGUUAUUUUUAAUAUUUUUUUUAUUCUAAUUAUUGCUAGUAUUAUUAAUGAAUUUAUCUCUAAUAGCACAUAUUAAGACCUUAAAUGUAUUGAAUUUAUUUUAGAGUUAGCACAAAUUUACCAAAGAAAUAAAAGCAAAUACAAUUGACAAAAAUAGUCAAAUAA